CGAUUUGGGUCGACUGAUGAACUUGGAGUUUUUGAAAUGGCAAACUCAGGACUUGAAGUAGUCUCAAACCCUAGUGGCAUAUAUCUUAGUCAACAGAACCCAGAUUCAGAUGUUUUAGCUGGAUUAGCUGUCGCAGUUGUUAUGGAUGGAUCUCGGAGUUUCCUAAUUGAAGUUCAGGCGUUGUGUUCGCCUGGCCCAACAGUUUCAAGGCAUGUCAAUGGUGUUCAAGCAAGCAGAGCUGAUAUGAUAAUUGCAGUUCUUAUGAAGCAAGCUGGUCUUAGAAUACAGGAAAAUGGGAUUUUUCUGAACGUCGCUAACGGAAUGGCUCUUUCUGAGACUGCUGGCGACCUUGCAAUAGCAGCAGCAAUUUGUAGCAGUUUCUUGGAGUUUCCAAUUCCUCACGGUGUAGCAUUCAUUGGUGAGAUUGGUCUUGGGGGCGAGGUUCGCACGGUACCAAGAAUGGAGAAAAGGGUAAGUACAUUGGCAAAGCUAGGGUUUAACAAAUGUGUGGUUCCCAAAUCAGUGGAGGAGUCACUAAAGGCGCUGAAUUUGAAAGAGAUUGAGAUAAUCGGAUGCAAGAAUCUGAAAGAGUUAAUUAAUGCUGUGUUUAGGGGAUAAUGAGAUUAAGCACUUUGUGUUUAGACGUGACUAAAGAUUAAGCAUUUGGUCAACAUUAUUUUUGUCUCUGUAUCUUCUUUUUGCAUAGGACAUUCAAUUUACGGUUUAGUUCGGUUUGAUUUUUUUCUUUCUGGUCUUAGUUUUAUCAGUUUUAUGGAGACUAAAACCAGCUCAGACCAUAUGUAACUCGGUUUGUUUGAUUUAACUUCGGUCAAAUAUAUUUAAUCUA